AUGGCACCUCCGCGAAAGAAACCCCGUACCCGUGUUGGUCCGAAGGAGGACCCUGCCGAUGAGCAGUCUGCUGGCAUUCUCACGGACUUUCGCACCUCCUGGCUUCUUAAGAAUGAUGAGCAGCUAGUCGAGCUCAAGGUGAAAGGCGAAAUUUUCCAAGUCGCCAAGAACGUCCUGACCAAGAACUCGGAGUACUUCGAAAGCUGCCUCAACGGUCGCUUUGCCGAGGCCAAGAAGGGAGGCGUUGAAUUCAAUGACGAGGACAUCGAGCCGCGAUACCUAGGUCUCUACAUUGGGGUCGCCUACAGUCACUCCUCUAUUGUCCCACAUGCGCAUCCCCGUCCUGCCCAGAAUCCCGAGGCAGCACCUAUCAAGACUCCUAUGCGAGACUAUGUCGAAGUCUAUAAGCUUUGCGACCGCUUCAUCAGCCCCAGUAUGGGUGAAUUUAUUGCCCGCUGCAUUGACGUCGCCAUCGGCAAUGGGCACCGCGCCCUCUACCGUACUGAGGCCGACCAAGGAACGCAGAAACUACUCAUGCGCGACUUUGCCGACGGCUACGAGGCUCUUGACAUGCAGCACGGCACCCAGGUUGAGAUUGGCGACCGGAUGAUCACCUACUUCUGCGAGGGGGUCAGCUACAAAGCUUGGAUUGAGACCAUGGAGGACCUUCGUGAUCGUCCCAAGUUCAUUGGCCAUGUUUCUCGCGGCUUCGCGACGAAGCUCCAAGAGCUUCAGGCCAGCCGUAAACUCAAACGCAAGGAGUGGGCUGGUCCGGGCAUUGCCUAG